AUGACAUUCCAAUUCUGGCCCACCGAACACGCCAUACACACCGAUCAAGCUGCCACCAGUAUCAUUCCGUGGGCACUGGUUCCUAUGCGAACGCCCAACGUGUACGAAUGUGCCUUCUCCGUAGAAUUCACCCUUUCAUCGUCAUAUUCCACGAACAGCGGUGACUCUGCCUACGGCAGUAGUUGGGACCACGAAGAUGCAUCGCUGGCACGUUCUGAUUCAAUGUUCGUGGAUGAAACCUCCAGGGGUUGGGUCAAAAGCUCGAUUCAUCUGUUCCUUCCACACCUCUCCACUGUUCGCGGCAUGCAACAGGCGCUACCGAUACCUAGGUCGACCACGGCACGGCUUGCAGCAAUUGCUUCCCAUGGGUAUAGCGGACAACCUAUCUCAAGAAAGCACCCCUAA